UUUUUUUUCUUGCAGGUUUCUGAAAAGUGCCUUUUCUGAAAACUCUGCUGCUUGGAUUCCACUCUAGAGCUGUCCCUUUACAAACCCCUCUCCCUGCCACCCGCCCCUUUCCCCUUCACCCACUUGGUAUGCUUUUAGUUCACUCUCAGCAACUUAUUCAUCUUUUUUUUCUUUGACUCUCCAUUUUCAUAGUCAUUUUCCCUCCUCCUGAUUUUGCAGCAAAAAAAAAAAUUUUUUUUUUGCAGUUGUAAUAUCCUUACAAAAUUUAACCUUUUGGGCUAAGAAAUAGGGAGAAAAAAUUUUCUCCUCUUGUCUUGAGACCAUCCCACAAAUAGAAGGGCAGCCAAUAGCAUAUGCUUUUUGCAAGAAUAAUUGAAAACAUCAACUGGAGAGCACAGAAUUCUUUUGAAAGUCUGCCAGUUAUCUGAAGUAAUUUCAGCAGAGGAACAAAAUAAAACACUCAAUAUCUUAACCUUUACAAUUACCUUCUUAGGAGUUGGUCUCUAAUUUGAUUUUUAGUUAUUCUGAUACAAUUUUAUUUUACGAUUGGCUUUUUGUUUGACUAGACAGAAUUUGACUUUAACGAAAACCUAAGUGCUAACAAAGAAACAUUUUACCAAGGCAACCUAUUGUCUCUUCACAUUUAGUCAGAAUUCAUUUUAAAUCUUUUAACAACAGUAGUAAUAUUGUCCUAAAGAGGGUGCACUUGAUUUUCAUUUUGCUUUCAAUAUGACGGCUGUCAAUGUUGCCCUGGUUCGUGAUACCAAGUGGCUGACAUUAGAAGUCUGUAGAGAAUAUCAGAGAGGAACUUGCUCUCGAGCUGAUGCAGAUUGCAAGUUUGCCCAUCCGCCAAGAGUUUGCCAUGUGGAAAAUGGUCGUGUGGUGGCUUGUUUUGAUUCUUUAAAGGGCCGGUGUGCUAGAGAGAACUGCAAGUACCUUCACCCUCCUCCACACUUAAAAACGCAGCUGGAAAUUAAUGGACGUAACAAUCUGAUUCAACAAAAGACUGCCGCAGCCAUGUUCGCCCAACAGAUGCAGUACAUGCUCCAAAAUGCUCAGAUGUCAUCACUUGCUCCUUUUCCGAUGACUCCAUCACUAGCACCUAAUCCUGCCAUGCCGUUUAAUCCUUACAUGCCUCAUCCUGGGAUGGGCCUGGUUCCUCCCGAGCUUAUACCAAAUGCACCUGUUCUGAUUCCUGGAAACCCACCUCUUGCAUUGGCAGGACCUACUGCUCCAAAAAUAAUGCGUUCGGAUAAACUGGAGGUGUGCCGAGAAUUUCAGCGUGGAAAUUGUACCCGUGGUGAGAAUGAUUGCCGCUAUGCUCACCCCACAGACGUCUCUAUGAUUGAGAUAAGUGAUAAUACUGUGACCAUCUGCAUGGAUUACAUCAAAGGCCGAUGCUCGCGGGAGAAGUGCAAGUACUUCCAUCCUCCUGCACACCUGCAAGCCAAACUUAAGGCAGCUCAUCACCAGAUGAACCAUUCAGCUGCCAAUGCAAUGGCACUGCCACCUGGUGCGCUUCAUCUCAUACCAAAGAGAUCUGCACAUGAAAAGAACAACGGUGCCACUCCGGUCUUUAAUCCCAGUGUUUACCACUGCCAACAGGCUCUGGCUAACCUGCAGCUCCCUCAGCCUGCAUUCAUUCCUGCAGGGCCAAUACUGUGCAUGGCACCCACUUCAAGUAUUGUGCCCAUGAUGCACGGUGCUACACCUACCACUGUGUCUGCAGCAACAACACCUGCCACCAGCGUUCCCUUCGCUGCAACAGCUACAGGCAAUCAGAUACCCCCAUUAUCAGUAGAUGAACUGAAUAGCACCAUGUUUGUUUCACAGAUGUAGAAGUUACCAAUAGAACAUUGAAGUUCUAAACAACAGAUCAAUGGAAUACCAGAAUCUUUCAGUGAGAACCUUCAUUCGGCCUAUCUAUAUAUAUUCUCGCAUGUCCUCUUCUGCCAACACAAUAAGUGUGAUGCACUCAAUUUAUUAAGCAAGACAUAUUUACCAACCAACAACGUCAAAUGAAAAGGUCAAUGGUGAUGUUAAAAAAAAAAACAUACAUACACAACUAGUAACUACUGCAUAUCUUCUUUUGACUGUUAGGUAGAACAUGCCCAUUAAAUUUUGUGAUUUGUUGCAUUCUUUAUGAUUUCAGUAACCGUAAAGAUAAGUGAGUCUCUACAGUGGACUGUUUCUUUACUGUGCAUUCUUGGUGGGUAAAUGUUCCUGUUUUUGAAGUGUUACCUUACUGUUUUGUUUAUACACUAGUCUGUUGAGUUGAUUUAGAAUGUAACAAUUAUAACCAGUACCACUUCCCCCAAUUUAUUAUAUUGUGUUGUGAUGUGCUGUGUUGUAUCAGGUUUUUUCAUACUAUAGUAGUUUGCUACAUAUGUAAGGUGUGUGAUUUCAACUCCCAAUGUUAUUAAUCAAAAACAGAAAAGUAUGCUUAAAAACAUAACAAGUUAAUGUUAAAAUGUUUUCUCUUUAAAAUAUUUCUGUAACUUUCUUGAGGCAGACAUUUAAAUGCCUCACUUUGGAGUGUGCACAUAAUCUGUUAAAAAACAUGUGGGUGUAUAAUUUGUACCUGUAGAUCUGACCUUGCCUGAUAUGAUCACAUUACUAGACUUUUGUGAUAGAUAAUUACCUGCAAAAAAGCAGGAAACUUCUUCAGACAUUAACCUCUACCUUCACUCCUCCGAAAUAGCUUGAAAAACAAGAAUUUGCCUUUAAAUGAGUUUCACAAAAUUUGUACUAAAAUUAUGUAAAGUGCCCAUUACAUUUUUUUAAUGUGUGGCUCAAGGAUGCUAUCUCCUAAGUUGAGUGUCUAAAACUGAGCCAUUUGUCAUCUUCAUCUGAGAAAUUAGUACUUAGAGGUUUAAAGGUAGGCUAAUUACAGGUUGUAAAUUAAACAGGAAGAUGGGCACAUGAAGAUAGCUUUUAUAUAUUGGAGGAAAGUAUGUUAGAAAAAACAUUGCUAUGUAACCUUUUACACAAGUGCCAUUUUCCAAAUGCAAAUGGCUUGCACUCUUUAGACUACUCUUUGAAUAAUAAGUAAGAGGCAAUCUAGCAAAAGUCAAUCAGGGUGAAAGAGAAUGGGCUCCAAAUGAAGUCUUCCCUUCCCAAAUGGACAGUUUUACCUAUUGAUCACAGCUGGAGCCUGAGUACAGGCUUGGAGAAAUGGCAGGUUUGGCGGGGGGUAGGGAAGUAUUUGAAAUUAUUCUUUGGUUUAUGUAUAAAUCGUCAGAAUGAUGCCCACACUUGUCUUUAACUUUGGUACUAUGGACGUUCCAUUUUUGUCAGACACUUCAGUGAAGGAACAAACACUUGUGGUAAAUGUCAAACACUGGCCUUCCAAAAUUUCAGUAACAAGAGAAUGGUUGGUGAGAUUUGUUUGCUUAAUAAAUCUUUGAAAAUUAUAAUAGGUCUUAGCCUCUCUUAGGUGAGACAGUGACUACAUUCUACAGAAUUAAAAUGAACUAAACAUUACUAUUACUUAUGACAUAUCUUUAUAAGCUAGUAAAAUAGUGAUCAUUUCCAAGUGUAUCUAGCAUAUCUCCUCCUGCUUUUUUUCUUAUCGUCUGGGGCUUCACCACUCCACUUCACUGUUAUUUUUCUAUAUGAAAAGACUGAUUUUUUUUUCUUAUAGAAAAAGAUGGAAAGGGAAAAAGAGAAUGAGUAUAAGACACCACAGCAGUGAAGCUUUCUCCAAUGCAGUGGGGGACUAGAUUUAGUAGGUACAUGACAGACCAGAAACACUAUCCAAGCAAACUAUUUCAAACCUUCUCUAUUUAGUUAUCAUUGUUACUGUUAUUAUAGUUUAUACAGUGAUGGAACCAUUUCAUCGACCUAGAUUUAAUCUGUUCUAUGAUAUUUAUCUUUUCCACUGAAAAGUCUGAGACUGUCAAAUUUGAGAUGAAUAGAGAGGUUUUCUUUUCACCUUUAUGAAAAUGGCUAAGAGAAAUUUUUGAUUUAGAACAUCUUAAGGAAGCUAGUCACGUUUGAAUCAGAGAAUAAUAAAAUUGGCAAAACUGUUUAAAAUUGAUAAAACUGAGGAACACGUGACUUGCCAGGAUUACUUAGUUACUUUUUGGCAUUAAGAUCUAGAAAUAGUUUUUGAAGCCCAGUUGUUUCUGCUUUGCAUUGAUUGUGCUUCAGAACAUCUGAGAAUUUAUUCCAAAGCAGAUUAUUUUGGCUCAGAAUACAAAAGACCAAAAUCAGCUCUUUGCUACUAUGUAUUAUGUUAAUAUUGUCAGUCAAAAACAUGAUCAUGAUAUUCUUUCUAAAUGGUCAGACUUAUAUGAAGUCGUUUUUAUGUCAAGUGACUAUCAUUUGUUUUCAGUAUUGCCUGAAGUUGAGGACAAGAGGCGUCUUGAUCUGUUCAUUCUUUGAGCCAUUUCUGUUUUGAGAAAGUUUAACAUUGUUAGAGAAGAACUUUUUGUGAAGCUAAUUUUGGUAUAAUCUGUCAGUGCCUCUCUAGAAGGGCAGAUCUGACCACAUGAAACCAGAAAUGAUGCACCCAAACUAUUCUUUGAAUGAUGUAUUCCUAAAAAUUGAAAGAGACUGCUUCAGUGAAAAUGAAAUUUCAUGAGGUUUUUUUUGUUGUUGUUGUUGUUGACAUUUUGAUACAGCUUACUGUCUCAUUUGACUUUUGAAAGUUAUGAUGGAGCUAUACAAAGACAGUAAGCUGAGAUUACAGCUGCUUUCAUGUUGCUUUAAGCACUGGAAGACAUUAAAAAGGACUAUAGUAAGCUGUCCAAUGAGUAAUAUUCAGAAUUGUUGUAUUUUUGAUGUCAUAAUCUUCAACAUUGUUGGCACUGUGAAAGUUGCUUCAUAAGUAAAUUUAAAGGAAGACUAGAAGAACUAAAGUUUUGAUCGGAUGAAAAAGAAUUUUGAUGAAAUGCAAUUUAAGAUAAUGCUGUAUAGUUGUGCAAUGACUUAUCUUUAUUCAAGAAGAGAUAUAAGUCAUUAGACUAUAAAUUUCCAAAUAAAGAAGUCACAAACUAAUCAGUGACUCUAAAUGCCAAUUAACCCAAUGACUUGUAUAUAUAAAAAGUCAAGCCUUGUGAUUCUUAGCUAACAAAUUAUAUAACCUUUGCAUUUUAUAAUGGCCUCUAUUUUAUUUACCCAAAAUUUUUACUCAGUCCAUUUUUCUCAGUCUUUUGCUAAAAUAUGCAAGAAUGUUGAAACAGACUAAAUAGGUAAUAUAUAUAGGAAAAUAUUUUAAAAUUUUAUCUCUUAAUAAGAUUUUAGAAAUGUCAGUUCUUUGCAAAAGUACUAUGUGUCCAUAACAUAUUUUAAAGAGGAAUUGUGACUAAAUUUAAAUGGAUUCAUAAAAUUAUUAUUUUAAUAGCGUAUUUAAAUUGCAAUUGGAGCAUGAUUCCGCAACCACCUAAUGCAUUCAUUUAAAUGUCUAGACACAGACAGUCAUCUUCUCCCUACUACAUCAAUCUCCCAUCUGUUUUCAAACAUGUUAAAGCACUUUGACCUUGCCAUAAGUGUUGUCCUUCACCACUAGAUUGUGUUCACCAAUGGGCAGCCUCAGUUUGCUAGCUCUCCAAUUUGGGAAAAGCAAGUACCUGCUCCUACCAACAAAAGAAAUUAACUGAAGUAAUUACAAUAGAACCUACUUUCAGCAGCAUGGACAGUAAGCAUAGUGAUACCCAAUUAAGGAGAAACACUGGCAUUGCAUUUUAUUAAAUGAUAUGAGAGGCAGACCCCUGUGUUACCUGGGAUGUUAUUAGGUUCUUAUCCUUAUCCCUUUGGAGAGUGUAACUGAGAAUGUUCUUAAGUAAAUUGCAGCCACAAGGUUUCUACAUUUUAACUGUAGGGUAGGCUGUGACACAAAAUGAUUAGAAACUGGAAUAUUUUUUUAAUCUCCUCUAUAUUUCACACACAUUGAAAUAGAAACAGGAUUGCAGGAAAUAAGAUUUCCCAAUUCUGUUAACUAGAUUCAGGAAGAUAGUGGCCUAAUUUUUUUUUUUAUUUUAUUAGUGCCUGUCAAAGGCAGUAGAGUAAACAGUAUAUCAAAGAGUAUAACAGCUUUCAUGUAUAUUUAGCUAGUACCUUAAUCAAACUGUAAAUAUAAUUACUAACACAGAUUCUGAGCAUCAACUCAUUAAUUGGUGCCUUGUUUGCAUUUUUCUUAUUAUCUGUUAAGGUUUUUAUUUUUCAUAUCUUUAAGUAACUAAUAAAAUUAAUUUGAAGGAGAGUUAGAGAAAGUUUAAUAUUUUACUACAUAUAGUCACACCCCCCUGAGAUAGGUUCUAAAACUGACACUGAAACAUGACAAGAUAUAUAGUCCAUGACUUUUCUUUACAGUUCACAGUUUAAGAACAAACUUGAUUUUAUAUACAAAUAACAAUUUAAACUAAUUAUUUAGUUGUUGUGUUAGCAACAAAACUACAACAUGGCUACCUUUAGAAUUUUUUGUGAACAUUUUACUUAUAAACCAUGUGUGGUUUUUCGACAGCAGAAGCAUGUCGAAAAUAUAGCUCAAAACUCAGAGGGCAGAUAUGGUUAAUUUUUUAAUCCCAAACUCCCAUGUGAAAGAUGAAUUUGUGUCCUUGUGUAGCUUUUUAAACAUAAAGUUUACAACACAGGAAUUCUAGAGUCAGGCUUUAUAACUUAGAAUGUGUUGUGUGGAUAGGGUUAUUCCACAGUAUUUACAUUUUGAAACAUAAUCCUGGCAUUAGCCUGACCUUUGUCCCGCUUACUUUUAUUUAUUCAAAACUGCUUUAUUGAAGCACCCUAGCUAUACUGCAAAAAUUCCCUUUUCCAGAACUACAGAUAUAAAUAUAUCCAAAUGUGGAUGAAAGAAUGACAGAAAGCAUAUUUUCAAGCUGAUUCUCAUUUGUAAAACCAUGCCUAAAAAUACUGUGGAAUGACCCAUUAACAGUGUUCAAGAGACAUGCUGCAGUUAACUGAUUGUCUCAGUCUCAGUUAGGGUGUGAAUGUGUGAGACACCUUCUUUGCACUUGUGUACAUAGUUCAUAAAAGCAAUGCCUGAAUUUUUUUGUUUUAGAUAUAAGAAGACUGUGAUGAUAGUGGAAAAGUUAGUAAGAGAAUUAUUUCUAAGACUUUAGAAGGAGGGGGUUUUUGCUGUAACACUGAACUCUAAAGCAUGGUCUUACUUUGCUUUGUGGAGGCUUUCUAGUUUGCUAGAGAAAGUGGGCCUUAGGCAGCAAGUCAACUUCAUCUAGCAGCACUGAACAAAAGUAACAAUCUACUCCUUCAUAUAUUUUGACAACUACACCAGCAUAAAUCAUUUCUUUUCUAAAUCAAUCCUUACUACACACACACACACACACACACACACACACACACACACACACACACACACACACGUGCAGGUUUCUAGUUGGAACUUUCUUCUUUCAGUGGUUGCUAGCAGUGAAAUGUAUCUUACAAGAUGGAUAGUCCCAUUAUGAAAGGGUUUGUGUUCAUAGUCCACAGAAACUUAUCAGUUCAUCUAAAAAAUAUCAGUUAUACAUUAAUGAAUACGUAUCUAAGUGACAGUCAAAAUUUUAUGUUCACCUCUGUUCUGACAUUAAAAUCCAAAAACUCAAAACCAAAUUUGAAACCACUGAAAGAUUUAAUUUAAUAAUUAAAUCUGGUCAGUAUAGGCCAUUUCUUGUCCUUUUGCAAAGGAAGAAAUAAAUGCUUCUGGCACAACUUUAGAAAUGACUUAUACUUACAUUGUACCCUUGCAGUGGCAACUGUUUCCUGCCUUACCUUUAUCAGAUUAGAAAAUAAUUCACUGUGCCACUUCAGCCUCCCCUGUUUUUAACUAAACAGGAGAAAACUGGCCAAAACAUUGCAUGCAUAAGAGCUGGGUAAGAAUGUUUCAAUCAGACCAUCUCUGUCAAUUUCUGCUCCCACAGCACCAUUUAACUUUUUAUUAUCUCCAGACAGAGAAGUACAGAAAAGGUCAAAUUUAGAAAGGUUUAAAGAUAGAUUGACAUAUGUACUGUGAAUCUAACUCUUGGAACAUGUUGCCCUUGUCCUGGAGAAGAAACCUACCCAUCUCGGAACUGAGGAAGUUAGUUUUAGAAUUGCUACCCAUUUUGAUAGUUCUCACUUGUAAAGACAGGAAAAUAAGCCAAAGCCAGAAAGCAGUCCAAGCCUUACAGUUGUCCAAUAGCUCAGGGCCAGUUGGUUCAAAAUUUACUUUUUUCCUUCCUGAAGCCUUUAUUAGAGUUAGCUGUGUUAUUAACAGUCUGACCAAAUAAUGAGCAUUUCCAUUGAUGUCAAAUAAUAAGCAUUCAUUUCUUCUGUAGUUAGGAAUUCCAACUUAAACCUUACCACUAUUAUCUUUUCCCAACUUAAUACAUAUUCUUGUGUUGACAUUUUCUUGUGAAUCCAUAAGCCAGAAUAUAUUCUUUAAGAUCAAUGGGAAAACAGUAUGAUUUUCAGCCCAAAAGAAUCAUGUCAAAAAUAAUAAUAAUGAACCCAGAGCAUCACAGAAUGUAUCUAGAAAAUUGAUUGCAGCCAUUAGUUCACAUUCUUUAGAGUUUAAACACAAUGCUUGUUAAUUAAGUAAAAUUGGACUUGGAGUAUGCCAAAAUGUCAGUAAUUGAGUUCAAAACUGGGCCUCUAUUAGUAAGUCCAGGGAAGGAUUUAGUUUAAGUAAUUAAUAGUUUUCACUUCUUGUGGCCUAAAUCUUAUCUUUUAAAUAGUCAUUUUCAAUAUAGUAUACUUAGAAGGAGAAAAUACGUCACUAUAAAUUAAUUAGUCACAGCUAUUUGGAAAUAAUGCAAAAAAAAAUCUCGUUAGUUAUAUUCUACAUUAUACUACUUUUUUUUAAAAAAAAAAAGCCUCUCUGUAACUUGACCUAAAUGUAACCUAACUUUAAGUAGUGUUCUUUCUUCUCAAAAUGUACGACCUGAAUAUGUAUCUAUUGUAGAACUGCUUUAUUUCAUCACUUUAUCUCUCUAUAUAGAUGCUUUUACUUGAUGGUGGAAACCAAAUUGAUCUGUCUGUUGUUUCCAGCAGUUGAGAGAAUUAUGUGACCAUAAUAUCACUGGAUUCUAGGGUUGUCCUUCCAUAAUUAGCUCUCUUUGAUUAUUGUUGUUGCAGCCUUUAUUUCUAGAAAAUGAACCAUUUGUUACUAUGUCUCUAAAUUACAAUAAUUAAAAUUAAGAUUUAAAAUUGUUAUGUUUCUAAAUGUACUCUUCUAUGUAGAAAAUAGGUGCACAUAUUUUGGACCAGAAAAUGUCAAUUUAGGAAUGCCUAAAGAUAAGAAAAUUAGUAUCCGUGUUCAACAAUUAUAGACUUAAAUAAUGAUCAAAAUAUUUCACAGAUAUAAACUGUUCCUACUAUACUUUCCAUAAGAAUCAAUAGCUCAUUCUCUCAGCUGUUUAUACUUUCCAUAAGAAUCAAUAGCUCAUUCUCUCAGCUGUUAUCAAUAAAGCAGAUGCAUUGACUUCUUUUUUCUUUUUCAUUUAUUUUAAGUUUUAAUGCCAUAGUGUUUGCUUGUGUUUAGAAGUACAUUAUUAUGCAACUCAUUUUAGUAUGCUGUUUCUGUUUUUAUUCUUUUAAUAAAGUAUGUGAAUUUCUCAGUUA